AUGCGGCUCUGGCUUGCCGUCUUCGCGCUGCAGCGGGCGGCUGCGUUCGCCGCACCGCGCUGCCUCUCGGCGCGUCACCGACGAAUGCCUACGGCGGCGGCUGACGCACCGAUCGACGGCGAGCGCGCGGUCGUCCGCGAAGUCGCGGGCAUGGCGCUGCCGCUGCUCUUGGUCUCGUUAAGCUCACCACUGCUCUCGCUCAUCGACGUCGCGGUAGUGGGGCGUCACGUCGGCGUGCUCGGUCUCGCUUCGUUGGGCCCGGCGACGAGCGUCUGCGACCUAUCGAUGUACGUAUUCAACGCGCUCUCGGUUUCGACGACGCGGCUCGCAGCAGCCGCGCUCGCAGAUGGAGACGACGCCGGCGCCGCGAAAAAUGUCGGCGAUGGCGCGGCCGUCGCGAUGGCUCUCGGCAUUACGUACGGCGCCGCUGUCGCUCUCGUGCCGGCGCUUUUCUUGGGACCAUUCCUGCCCCAGGCGGUCGACGCGCGCGCGCUACCGCUCGCGGUCUCUUAUACGCGGGUCCGCGCCCUGGGGUUUCCGGCGGCACUCCUGACCGUGGUCCUCCAGUCGGCGGCGCUGGCGAGGCGCGACGUACGGACGCCGCUCAAAGCCGUCUGGCUUGGGGCUCUCGUCAACGGCGUCGGUGACUACGUGCUCGUCGCGCGAUGCGGCGCGGGCGUGGCCGGCGCGGCGGCGGCUACGGUGGCCGCGCAAUGCGUCGCGGCGGGCGUCCUCCUCCGCGCCGAAGCUCGCGCGGCCACUACUCUCCCGCGGCGGCUCGCGGACCGCGCGCGAUCUGCGUGGUCGUUUCUGAUACGUUGUGCUGCGCCGGCGCUGGCACUGUCUGCGCGGCUCUCGGUACAGCUCUCCGUCGCCGCGACGGCGUCGGCGUGCGGCACGGCGGCGCUUGCCGCACAGCAAGCUCUCAGUGGCACCUUUCAGAUUUUUCGGCCGCUGGGCGACGCUCUAGGUCAAACGAUGCAGGCAUUAUUACCAGCAGUCGCCUCGAACAACGCGGUCUCGUCGUUGGACUCGUGCUUGGGUCUCGGCGACGCUGCGGUCGUGAAGACGGACGGACCGCAGGUCCUCUCGACAAACGCAGUCGCCGUUUUGCGCGCGAUGAUCGGCGGGGCCCUGGCGCUCGGCCUUAUUGAUGCCGCCCUCGCAACUGCCGGCCCUGUUCUAUUUCCGGGCGCGUUCACUGCCGACGCGUUGGUCGCGGCGGAAAUUCGUAAAACUGCACCCAUCGUCGGCGCGUGCCUCUUCGUCCACGCGCUCUCGGUCUCGUUAGAAGGCGUCCUCUUCGCGACGAACGACGCAAAAUCGGUAGCGAAGCUGUACAUCGGCAACGCUCUCGCGAUGGGCCUCGCGUUUUCCUGGGCUCGCGCCCGCGGUCCGACUCUCUCGACCGUAUGGGGCGGCUUCUUCCUCUACAAUAUCGUGCGCUGCGCGCAGUUCUCGGCGCGGCUGGCGUGGAACCAGCGGGAUCGCGGCGCGCGGCGGCGGCGCAAGCGCGACGUCUUCGCGGGCUGGGCGCUGGCGCCGAAGACUGCCGUGCCCGUCGCGCCCGUGUAUUCGACGUCGUACGCGGCGCGGAAGUAUUCGAGUGUUGAUUAUGAUGUUUAA